GAUAUAAUGUUUAAUGCAUUUGUAGUGAGGAAGGGCAAUAAGAGAAGUGCCACAACUGAACAGAGUAAAAAGAAAGUAAGAGAGAAACUGCGUAAAAUAAAACAGAAUCAAUACGCAGAGAGAGCUAACAUAAGAGCAGAUGCAUGGGUCAGGAUGGUAUCGCAAGAGCCGGCUUUUAGGAACACUUAUCAUAAAGGAUCAUUUCCUCUUAAGAACGAGAAGGAUCAUGUGUUCAAAGAUAUUGACCCAAGGUCAAAGCUAAAGAAAUAAGGACUUCUAUAACUACACUUACAGGCCUGAUCACCAGAAGGCUGAAGAGGCAUGAAAGGCGAACAAUGAACGAAUCCUGAACAAAAAUAUCUACUCUUACACUGACAUGAGCAAAGAUUGGUUGAGAAAAAGGACAUCCAACAAGGAAAUCCAGCAAGUCUUUAAGUUCAAAGGCUACAAGUCAGAUAAUGAGCGACUCAAAUGGCACAGAUUUAGAGAUAUACCCACUGAUACAGUCGUUAUUCCCAUGAAGAAUAAAUUCUACAUCGACCCUAAAUGGAAGACAACUACUCCUAAAUAAAUGGGUGUCCGAUAAAAUCUUUAAGACAGGCAAGAGUACGACAUGGAAGAAGGCGCUAACAAACUGAAAUGAUGAGAUCUACGAUCCAUACAUUGAUGGAUUUGAUGUAACAGGGGAUGUUAAAAUCAAGAGGAAGAAGCAGGACGAUGUCAGCAAGAAUGUCUUCUCCUCGACUGUCAGACCUCAUCCUUACAGCGAAGACCAGCUAUUUACGACCAAAACUAUUAGAAGUUUUAAGUCUGUACAAGGUGCCUUUUCAUGAACCAAUCCAGGCAUGAUUAGAUCAAGAUCCAUCGCAGACUUCAGAGAGACAAAGAUUCCAAUGCAAAGGAGGAGCUCUGAAGGCUUUUUGCUCAAAAUUGCUGCUUCAGACACCAAAUCAGAUGCCUCUCCUGUGAUCAGAAGAAAAGAUGCAAAGGUGCUUGAAGUCGAAAUAGACGACAUUGAAACGCAAGAUCUCUAUGAGCUCGAAAAUAUGAGGUUCACUCAGACCCAGGAUAUUAGGAUCCCUGGAAAACAAAUAAGUGCAACUAAGAACAAGAACUUCGUUGAGUCUAAAGAUAUAAACGAUAAAUAUGUACUAGCUAGUCUAUCCAAAUCAAAGAUGUAUUACAAAUCUGUCCAAGGAAGAAUGGUCAGUCCUAAAGUUCAAAAAGGAAAGAGCAGUACCGCAAGGAGACCACUUGAGAACUACAGAUAUAAGGGUAAUUCCAUGGACACCAUAUCCAGACUAGUCCCUCAUUCUUCAAAGAGGUCAGCCAGCUCUCUUGAAGAUAUUCCACAAUAA